AUGGAUCGUCCGGUCGGCGGCAGAGGUGCUCAUGACCCUCUCGCUGCGGUGGAUGCUGGCCAUCGCCAUCGCACUCACCACCAGCAAUACGAACAUAGCAGCCAACAUGAUCCACCACCACUCGGAAACAUCGCGCUCCCAAUUUCAUACCAUCCAGCUGUUGGCACGGCUGUCUCCGCGGACAGCGCUUCGUACAAACAACUCAAGGAGGCCUGGAUCGCCGACCAGACCGGCAGCUCGAUUCACUCCAUCAAUGCUCUCGGCCUUGUCAUGCUUCUCACCUACGCGGUAUGGGCCGUGCUCAGGGCAAAACGUAUUCGUUUCGUGCGCGCACAACAUCGACGUCCACCGCGAGAGCUGGCAACACUAGCAUCAAUAUCGACCGCGACAGCAAGUUUGUCCGACUGGCAGCUCGAGUUUCUCAUCCUCAUCGUUCCAGCUGUCAGCGCACACACUGUGCUAGCUACUCAUCUCAUCGCGACAAACUGUGUGCUGCUUGCUGUGCUGGCCUUUUUAAUCCGCAGCGGACCACCAUUACCGGGCCACCUGCGGCCCAACAAGGACAAGAGGCAGAAACGACACUGGUCCAAGAAGGAGUCCGACGAUGACAGCGCCGAUGAGGACCACAAAGCAUCGGUUCCGUCUGACUCUACUGACACGAUUGCUGCAGAGGCAGAUCUGCCAUUCCGUGUGUCAGUCGACUCAGCAGCCGACGCCGCACAUGCAGCUGCUGCUCCGCCUACCUUCUACGAUGGACCCGGCUCGCCCUUGCGCCUGGACACGGAGCUGUCGCUGGACACAGCGAUCGACACGGCAUCUCGAAGUCCAAAUCCUGGCUCGUCCACCUCAGCGACCUCUUCUCGAAACACAGACGCUUCGCUGCUGUCGCCUGCGGGAGCGUCCACCUCAGCUUCUUCCUCGCCCAAACGGGCGGAACUGACCGCACUCAGAACGACAGCCAUCCAGCAGCCUCAUUCACGCGAUGGAUCCGAUGCGCAGUCUCUGGCGUCAGCAUCGUCGACCCUGUCGCCUCUAGCGAGAAGCGUCGUGGACCCGCUCGGCAAAGCCAGGCAGCAGUCAUCGCUGGACCACUCGACAUCUUCGAUCGACGAUUCUUCCGCUCGACGAGGUCCGACUCGCACCUCAUCCUCAACACCAUCGUCCACGACAAUGGAUCGCAACCUCUUCGUCCGGCCCCAACCCUUCCUGACCGUCUACCGCGCACACAUGAUGCUGGUCACAAUCAUCUCGAUCCUCGCCGUCGACUUUCCGGUCUUCCCGCGUUUUCUUUCGAAAUGCGAAUCCUUCGGCACCAGCUGGAUGGACAUGGGGGUUGGCUCAUUCGUUUUUUCGCUUGGCAUCAUUUCGGCUCUUCCCUUCCUCAAGAGUCCGCGCAAUCGGUUUCGGCCGCUGAAACAGCAGCUUCUGUCGGACUUUCGCAAGGCUCUCCCGCUGCUGGUGCUGGGUUCCGUGCGGGUGGUCAUGGUCAAGGGCGUGGAGUAUCCGGAGCAUCUCAGCGAGUACGGCGUGCAUUGGAAUUUUUUCAUCACGCUCAGCGUUUUGCCGUUUGCAGCGACGUUGUCGAGACCUUUUGCGCGGGUCAUUCGGUAUAGCCUGCUCGGUCUUGCGCUCACGCUGUCCCACCAAACCCUGCUGAAGUUGACGCAAUGGCAGGAGUGGGCGUUGUCCGACACAAUCCCACGAACCACGUUGGCAAGCCAAAACAAGGAAGGUCUCACGAGUAUGGUCGGGUAUCUGGCGAUCUUCUAUAUCGGUCUCGAUCUGGGGCAUUACGUUCUACCGCUCGAUCCGUAUUUCGCGUAUCGCAAGCUGAGGCGGAGAAGAACAAGACCGCGGACGGACAAGUUGGCCAUGGUUCUGGGCAGUCUCGCCGUCCUUUGGUGGGCCGCUUACGCCAUGACGGGUGCGGUGGGAUUGCGAACCAGUCGACGACUCGCAAAUUUGCCCUACGUACUGUGGGUCGUCGCGUUCAACACGUCGUUUUUGCUCGCAUACGUGCUGGUGUACUUGUGGGUGCUGCAACCUGCUGAGGGGCAAGACGGGGUGACACCGGGACUGUUGGAGGAUGUGAAUCGACACUCGUUGACGGUGUUUUUGGUCGCGAACCUCCUAACGGGGCUGGUGAACGUGACGGUGAGGACAAUGUAUACGAGCGACGCGGUGGCGGUGGGGAUUCUGCUGGUGUAUACGGGUGUGUGCUGUGGGCUGGCAAGGGAAAUGUCGAGGAGAGGGAUACGACUCAGAUUGUAG